GGCUAUAAGGUAUUUUACUAUAACUGAAAUCUUGUUUUUAUUUAAAAUUAUUUUUUGUUUAGUGUUGGUUAGUCCACAGGGUUAGGGUUAGGACUUUAUAACUUUUCAUAGAAUUAUAGCGACUCCGUCUUUCCUUUAAAUCUUUAAUUCGCGAACUCUACCUAGAGUGUAGGACAUCUUGAAGAAUAUAUUCUAGUUGAAGUGACACACUGAAAUAAGGGGGAAGAAAGCCAAAGAAUAACAAAACUGGAUCACAGCAGAUUAAAAAUGGUGGAACGGCGAAAGAUCAAAAGGCUUGAAAUGAUACGGCUUUUCACGAAGGAAAAAAUAACUAAAAGAAAGCCCAGCAAACCUCAAUAGAAAUGCAUCGUGACUGGAAUCAGCAUGCUUAGCUACUCGUCUGCAAGGGAGGCAAAUCUACAACCCUAGAAAGCUCACGGGAAGCAACUCCACCUCAGGCAGCCACAGAAAACGACCAUGCUCUCGCACAGUUCGCCAUGAUGGCGACAAGGCUGGCAGUCGUGGUGUGCACCUACCUGCUCCCCAUCAUCAUUUUCACCUCAGAAAGAGCUGGAGGAGCCAAUAAAGGAAUGUCUGUACGUGACUUUCGUGGUUUCCCCAGCAUACAAGAGGUUCAGUGCUGGGGCGGUGACCUCGAACCGGAAGUAGAUCUUCUGUCGCUUAGUCUUUACAAAGUUCGCGAUGGCGAGUUGAUCGCCGUCGUGAAUCCGGUGAAAAAUCUUUGCCUCACCUUCGAGACGUUCUCCUCGUGUUUCAUAGACUCUAAGAACGCGCGCCAGUCGCUGGUGAGGACCCUGGUGUCGCACCUUGACGAGGGCGAGUCUGAAGACUAUGGCUGCAACGCCACUAGCUUCCGCACCGCGGGGUCAACGGCCGUGCGUUCGUGGUCGGUCGUCGUGACAAGAAAAAAAACCACCACCACCACCGCCGCCACAACCACCACAUCGACGACGACAAGUUCAGUGUCUGCCUCCAAAAAUGAUGGGCGAUCACCGAUAGCAUCCAGCGUUCACAGCGAGUUGCCAGGUUUCUACCUGCCACCCUAUGUCCUCAUUAUUGGACUGGUGCUCAUCGUGCUGCUGGCAUUACUCAGUCUCAUCCUCAUCAUCCUCCAGUGUCGAAGAUCGGGACGCAGAAGACGCCGAAAUCGAGCCGCCAACAGGGAGUCACUGCUGUCCACCAAGAGCGAGAUGGCCAGCUGCAGUGGCCCCAAGGAUCUUGACCUCGGGGUCACCACCUACCGCGCCACGCGCUCCUUCCCGUCGUUUUCUGCGGCGCCGCAGCCACAGACCGUCGCCGGCGUCCAGCCGGGCCCUGCGGCAGCAGCCUUCGCCAUGCGGUACCAGAAGGGGCCGCCAGACGACACUGGCUACGUUUCUGGCUCGAGCAACCACUAUUCCGAGCCCUACGGUUGCCAUGACGACAGCACGCAGGAGCGGGUGCGUCCCGUGUCGCGCACGACGAUCCCGCAAGCCAAGGGCAGCCCCCAGCCCCCCCGCCUACCGGAUAAUCACCCCUAACAUCAAGGCUCGCCCCCCAUCCCAGUCGAGCGCCAGCCUCUGUCUCUCCCCUCCACCCCCAACACCUCCUCCCUCCAGCCAGGGAGCGGGUCGGACACCAGCCAACCUUUCACAGUAUGCUCUGCAUGUCACUGUCCUCACAUUUUGAGUUAUUACCGUCGUAAUUCAUCAUUUUCAUUGUUAUCAUCACCACCAUCGUCGUUAUUAUCAUCAUCAUCGAUGUCAUUGACACUUUAAAAACAUUGUCUUCAUGAUCAUUCAUCUUUGUUUUACAUUCGGACGAAUUCAUCGUCCCACGCGGACCCCAAAAUGUCUCAGACGCUCCCAGUCCUGUGCACGCUGGCUGCAAACCCUUCUGCUGUUCGCCGUUUGUUGACGCUGUACAUCUCGCUACAUCAUCAUGUGCCGCGCACACAAGACCAGCCUUGUCGCCACAGGCCACUUCACCCACUCACUCACCUCGGCAAGUUCCAGACCACAGACGUUUCCAUUGUGAUAUACCACGAACUCAUGAAAUGCGUGUAUGAUGUCACCAUGACCUUACGACCCAUGGCAGUCUGCUCGCAGGGUAAUUGGAAGCUGUAGUUAGGGUAAAGGGUAAGGGUAGCACACUGUAGCACUGUAGCACUGUAGUGUAACACUUAAUAAACGUUAAGUGUUACACUAAAAAUCAAUGAAAACUUUUAUUUCACAGACAUAGAUGGUGAAAGCGACUUUCAUUUGGUUAUUAUCAUUUUAAAAAGAGAUGUCACGGAUUCUGACUUCUCUGCUGAAGUGCAAAAAAGUAAUACGCAGAGAAUAUUCAAGCUUACAUCCAGUGGACAGUUUUGAAAACUAGUAGAUCAUGGACGGGAAAAUUGGGUCCCAGCAGCAGCGAGUCACAGCACCAGUCAUUCAAACAAGAUCGAUCCAGGUUAUGUCGGCUUUCUCCAGCCCAAAUCAACGGCAGACAGAUGUAGGGGAGGUAACCAUUCUGGCUUCUUGCCGCAAGAACGCGACUACUCUCCCUUGACUCCUACAGCUUCCGCUGCUUGUAAACACAAGCACAGCUACUAUUCGCUUAGAGAUCUGAUCGUACUAUUUUAUAUUUCAUUUUGGUCGCUUUUUUAAGUAAAAUAAUAAUUCAUAAUUAAACUUUUUACAUUUUACAACUCAUACGGUAUUGACUAGUUUCUUUGAUAAAGAAAAUUUACGAAAACCCGCUCAAGCAGCCGUUCACGAGGGAUAACUGUUCAUUGAUUUGACAUUACGUCCCUUGCGUUAGUAUACUAAAGGAAUCAAAUCUCCUUUAUCAAGUUGUUGUAACUACCAUGCUAUGUUAUGUCAUUUUGAAAUUCCUUCAUAAUAUGUUACUAGCUUUAUGUCCUUUGCUAAUAAGUCAAGUAGUAAUAGUGUGUGGGGAAGUGAUGCUACAAUGUAUCAAAAGUAACUUUCAGACAUUUAUCUUCAGUGGCGCCUCUGUUCAUUGUAUAAGGUUAUACCAGAGAAAGUAAUUUUACACACCAGGAAAAGCUUUGUCUUUUUUCAUGUUAAGACAUAGGAUUUGAGCUCUUAAGUAUUUACCUAUCAGACAAAUUAAAAGUCUUACCAGCCAAGAAAAAAUGUCUGUAAAAUUUAACACCUAAAAGAUUCUUGUGUUUGUGGAGUGUUUUGCAGCCUAGGCUAAGAGUAAUUGUCAUUAAAAUGAGUUAUUUUUGGUCACAGCCUAUCGGUUAAUGUACAUUAUUUUUCAUCUGUCAUUUACUCAUCCAGAAUGAGGGAGAACAGGUGAGAAGGCUGAAUUUCCUUGGCGUGUAAUGUAAUCAAUAAUUUAUUGUUUUAUGUCGCGAAAUUUUGUUAAAACCUAUUUGUUAAGGAGCUCUACUUUCAAACAUGUUAUGGUGUGUAUUCAAGCGCCAUUUUUUUCACUGUAUAAAGACUUCCUUCACUUUAGCUUUGCUUUAUUUACAACACUGACAUUAAAUCAAAUUUUUUUUAAGCCUUUCUCUUAGUUUUCAAUUUUUCAAUGACAUUUUUGGUCUAAAAACAUGAGUUACUUAUGUUUUUACUCUAAGUUGUAUUACUUACUAUGUCACGUUUACAAUUAAAUGAAGGGUGAGACAUUGUCGACGAUAAGGUCAAAAACAAAUGUCUGAUUUUCAGGCAUAAUAUUUAAGAGAAAGAGCGGCUGAAAUGAUUGAAAAGUGCCGAUAUUGUACACCUCACGUGCAAGUGAGUGAAAUAAAAUGGCUGUAUUUUUGUUGAACCAGUAGUUACAUGUUACUGUUGUCGAUGAAAAAGAAAAACUUCCAUAUAAUAACUUGACAAAAUGGCAAAAUGAAUGCCGAGAAAUGUUUAUAUUUUGUGAACUUUUCAUGCUGUGUAACUUUAACCGUACAUUUUGAUGAAAAAAAAGAAACAACUAAAUUUUAAUUUUCUUAAUGCCUUGUGAAGUUUCUAAACGAUGCUGAAAAUAAAAAGGCAUUUUUUCGGAAUUUCAGGGUGGAACAAAAGGGACAAAACCUAAGUUUUUCUUUUCAUUGAAAUGUUUUCCUAUCAAACACACGCGCUAUGUCAGAGUAUUUGGGGGCCGAGAAUGUGUGUGAAUCUGGUACUGGUUGUGAGGAGUGUUCACAAAGGGUAGCGAUUUUUUUUUUUAAAGUGGUUUUUUUUUUUGUAAGUGUGAGUUGAUGGGCUCUCAUCAUGUGUGUGAGUGGUUAACUGUGCGUGAACUUUGUUUACAAGCUUGAACGAAGAUAAGAGUGGAGACGCAAGGGAAGCCUUCCUGUGACCAAAUAAAGUCUACAGCCGAAUAAGAAUGUAUUCACAAAUACCGAUCACGUCAAUUGCAUUUAUGUCCUUAUUGGCUACCAGAGUCACAUGUUACACUUAGAAGUCGAAACUUAAUAUGUUGUGCUUGUAAUCGGCUAUCUGUCACACGAUUUUAUCAUGAGAUGUUGUGGCGCAAUCUUGUGUCAGCUUUAAUCAUUUUUUUUCAUAAUGAAAAAAGAAACACCCAUGAACAAUAUAUACCAUUAAUCAUUUCCUUGCCUGCAAUUGAAAAUACCUGCAUAGUCCAUUAGAAUCUGUGGGAUAUUUUAUUUGUGCAAUAUGGUCGAGGAUUUUUUUUUUUUCGUUAAUGCAUUGGUGUGUAUUGGUUUUCAAAAAGACAUGUUCGGCUAAAAUACUUGGGUUGUUUUGGUUUUUUUUGGGGGGGGGAGCAAGACUUGAUUACCUCCUCUUUCUUAACUUUUUCAACCCUCUCUUCUUUUACAUCUUUCACAUCACCUUGUUUUUUUCCUUAGUGAUUCUUUCUUUGUUUCAAGAUGUUCACUUGUUUGCAUAGACACUUUCUCUCAUGUAUACAUACCGAACACUCGAGUGAGCCUAUAAAUAGAAAUUGUGUACAUCUGUGCUUACCAAAUAUACGCCAGCCACGUCCACCAUGUGAUUGUUUUCAAGAUUUGCGUCGUCGUUCUCAUCAGUAAUAUUGUAAAUAUAAUCAUUGCCAUAAUACCGCUGUAAUAUACAUGUGCAUGUGUACGAAUCUGUACCCUCUCCAUGUUGGUAGUGACGUACGGUACCCUAGUUUACUGUUUCCGCCAGUGUGCUAGUGAUGUAGGUGUAUUGUGGAUCACCUCGGUGUCCCAUCAGCCUUGUACAUUUAUUUUUUUGUCGUUUUCAUCUGUCGUUUAAAAAUGUAUCCAUCUUUUAUUCACGUAGACGAGUCGGUAGUUGAGCUAGAUAAUGAGAAAGAUGAUUACCAGUGGAUCUUUUGAAUCCCAGUAAGAAACUCAAGAUAUGAGGCGUCUAUGCAGAGGCUUGGACGAACCAUGGCUACAGUCAUGAAGGUACUAUUUGUAACAGUAUGCUGCCGCAAAAAACCGCCUCUUUGUCAGCCUUAUGCUUUUUUCGUCUUUAUAUGAACUCCGUAGGUUGUAUGCGUGUACUUUUGAGCUGUGUCAUAAUUUGGAGUAGAUUUAGUCAAUCUGAUCGCUCUUAGGGGUCAUACUAUGGCUUCAACGAAAUUUCAUUAAACUAAUUCUUGUGGCAAAAAUUUAUUAAAUUAUUUUUCUCCUUUUUUUGUUCUGAAAACGCAUUAUUGAUAAACCGUUAUCUAGUGGUUUACGCAAGCAUUACUGAGAGAUUAUUAUCUCCCCUACAGUCACAACUUUGUAAAUAUGAACCACACAGAGUUGCUGUUUUCCGAAUUUAUGGGCACACCACAAGUCUGUUGCAUUUUUUUUUUUUAGUACUGUAGCGUUUCUUCCACCUUUUAAUUAUUAUUUGUUCAAGUGCCUGCUGUCAAAAUUUGUCAUCUUCAUAUUUAAUUUGUUUCAUCCAGAGAUGUUAACUACAAGUAACUUUUUCUCAGAUCACUGUUCUGCUGCUUACCCUUGUGCACCGGUUUUCAACGUUUUGGUGCCCGUUUUAGAAAAAAAGAAACAUUAGUCUGUGGCCUCAAAAUUAGCAUCUGUACUCAAUCAUUAGUCGUAUAGACUAUAUAUAUAUAUACUUGAAACAUUGAAUCUUAAAGUUCUUGAUAAGUAUCACAAUGCAGACGUCUGCCUGGAAUGAUGAUAGUUCAGGAAAGAUAGACUGCACUUUUUAUAGUUUGUUGAUAUCUGUUGACCAGGCACAUGCCAUUGGUCCUUUAAGUGCAGUUCACGAAAGCAAUGAAGAUCGCAUGCCAUACCAUCACCCCCCUGCUUUCAAAACGGGUUAAGGUUAUAACCAUUGAGUCAGUAGGCUUUUCUUAGUCGUUCAUUAAAUCUAGGGAACAAUGUUCGGUUCCACAAAAAUGAUGCUAUUGAGCGCUAACCUAAAAAUGUGAACACAUAAUUUGCAUUGACUGGCUGCUUUUAUUUGCUUGUUACAGUAAAUAUAUUCACGGUUUGAAGAAUUCCAAAACAAAACAUACUUUAAAAUCAAACUUUUCAAAGAAAACAUGAUUUAUGUUGUCCGUUUACGGUUGUUUUAAAAGAACACCCUGUUCAGUCCAUUGUUGCUUUGGGUGCCAGUUGUUGAGCUCUAACGUGGAAUCAAAUACCGCGGUGUUCUCAAGAGGGUGUUUUGAAUGUUCCUUUAGUUUGAAGGAUCUGUUUUAUCAUUGCUCAAAUUUUCUCGAUAAUGCUGUUAUUCCCCAACCAUUGCAUGUCUUAAAAAAUAACUUUGAAAAAAUGUUUUAAAGAACUUAAAAUAGUGAACUGGACAACUGGCAGAACUCGCCAUGCACUCUCGCCUAUUGUUUACUACGCCAUUCUUUCAAGGAAAUGCAAAGAACCAUAAUUUUCAAGGACUUGACAUGUUGUAGAUGUUGGACUAUGCCUCUGAGGUAGUUUGAACUGUUGUGUCCUCUUAUAUAAGAUGAUGCUCACUUGUUUACGAAAACUCAGGCGAAAAGCCAACCAGCAAAUUAUGUUUCAGAAUACAUGGGCACAUAGCAAUCCGGGCAGAAAUGUAAUAGACGUGAAAGAUAUCUACUUAUAACGGAGUGAAUAUUGCCGUGUAAAAUAGAGUAAUAUUACUAGAAGGAACGAGAAGAAAACUAAUGAAAAAAGUGGGUAUAAAAGGAAUAAGCCUGUAUGUCGAGAACAUUAAUUAAAGCCAAAAGCAGUAAUAAAUCAUGAUUGUAUCUAAAGGAAAAGAAAAUCAAGUGAGAAACAAUGUAUUUUGUUUUGCAAGGCACGAAGAAGUCCAAAGUGAUGAUGAUUUACUUUUAGUCAGAUGAGAGACUAAAUAAUAUACAUGAAUAGCCGGGUUUGUUCCUAUGGUUACUGAUUAUGCAUACUUUUAUGUAAGCGCAUUUUGUAUGAAGCCAUACGAAGGGUUAGCAUGCAGGCUGCAUUGAAAGUGCAUAUAGGUGGUUGGCCCUCGCAUAUGGAUCUGACACGUGACCAGAAUGUAAUGCCGCUGGAAGUUGAGGCAAUGAAUGGCGGUAACAAGUUUAGCAUCCCUCUGGCUUGCAGUAGGCAGUCUCAGCAGACCGUGAGCUUUUUCCUCAGAUGGUGAGUUUACCGUGAAAUGUUGUAGCAAAUUUUGUCAGCAUUAGUAGCAAUAGGUGUACAGUCACUUGUAGCAUGUCCCCCCAUACAUGUACACAGGUAACGGGGAGGUUUUGUUGAGAAGGCAGUUUUGUACAGUGGUACAUUUCCUGAUCGACUUUAAAAAAAAAAAGAAGUGAGCAGGCAGAGUGUAGAUACUCAUUUCAGACGAAGAAGUAUAAUUUCAUUUUGUUCUUGUGAUAGAAGAACAUGGAUGUUUUGAAGUCACUUCUGUAGCUAGGUUUUUUUUUUAUUUUGUCACGUGGCUUCUUUUGCAUAUUUUAUUUGUAUUAUGCAACACUUUUGUUGUUACUUUGUCGAGAGCUUGUUUCUGCCGCAAAGAUGGUCAGUUUGCUUUAUGCUGCUACAUUGUAGCUUGUGUGUGAUUUGAUAUAAUAAACUUUUUACCUCCUGUAUCAUGAAAAACU